AUGUCCACUGCCGCACACCGGGUGGAAGUGGCGUGCGCCGAACAAGUGGGCCAAGUUCCUGCCUGCGGGACCAUGGUGGUGGGAGAUGAUGUCAAGGCGAGUUUGACCUCGACUGAGCUGAUGGCAUGGAUAACUGCGUGUGAUGCUCUGGGAGGACUGGUGCUCGACGAGACAGAGGCCAUCGACGCGGACGAGCUCCUGCCGCACAUUGCUACUGCCGCCCCUGAUCUGCACUCCCUCUCCCUCUCUUGGUGCUCGUCGUGGGUCACCUCCGACGCACUGACGGCUGGCAUUGCUGCCCUUACUCGUCUCGUCGAGCUUAACGUCUCGGUCGUUCGUGCUAUCGACGACGCGCUGCUGGCCAAGCUUCCGGUCAUCGCACCGGGGCUCAAGGUGCUCAACGUCGGUGGGUGUCCCAGUGUGACCAUGGUCGGCAUCGCGAGUGUUGUUGUCGGCUGCCCGGCGCUGGAAGAGCUGGUUUGGGGCGAUGAGGACGAUCCUGACGAUGCGCCCAAGCUUGUGGCGGUGGCCAAGCUGCUGGCGUGCGCCCAGUCCGAGUGGGCCGCGGUGGAUCUGUCGCAGACCGAGCUGCUCACCGACGCGGCGCUCGGAGUCAUCCUUGCACACAACGGUCUUGCUGCCGGGGUCAAGGAUCUGGUGCUCCGCGGCUGCGUCUCGCCACAACUGACCGGCGCUCCGCUGCUCGGACAUCUGUCGAUGCCACAGCUUGAUGUCUUUGACGCGGGUGAUGUUGGCCUGCAGUCCGCUGCACUCGUGGCGGUCAUUUCGGCCGCGCCUGCGCUCACCGAGCUGCACCUCGACGCGUGUUUGGGUGCCACCGACGACGUCCUUGCCGCCGUCAUCGCUGGCUGUUCACAUUUGACAUCGCUCUCACUCGCGCACUGCGCCAGCCUCACUCCGCCGGCACUGGCUAUGCUCGGCGCGCUGACCUCGCUCACCGAACUCGACAUAUCGCACACCGCCGCCGACGAUGCGGUUCUUGCCGCCCUCGCGCCACUCACGGAGCUUCGUGCGCUGUAUGCCUCGUGCUGCACCAGCAUCACCUCGGCCGGGCUGGCCUCGCUCCAUGUCUCUGUCCUCGACGUCUCGGGCUGUCCCGGCAUCGAGCGCGUCCCACCACGGCCUACGCUCUCGGUCCUCGACAUCGGCGGCACAUCGAUCGAUUCGCUCGAUCGCCUUGCCGGCAUCUCUGCCGACUCGCUCCUUGUUGUCGUCACCCCGCCGGCCAACCGCACCGACUCGCUCUUUGACGAUCCCGCCCCAGCCUCUGCGCUUGCCUAG